AUGGACCACCUGAACAAGGCACUUAGUGAUACCUCUGGUACCUCGAAUUACUGUCCUAGUAAAGAUACUUCGUCCGUAUCAGAUGAGUUCAAGAAGGCGUGCCCAAUGUUGAGUGGCGGCUCACACAACACGGUCCGUCAAGACGUGACCAACGGCACGUGCGCCUACAACAACAUACCCGAGGAGGUGCAAAUUCCAGACAAUUACAACACGUUCGGGACAAACGCAGGCGUCAGCCCGUCCGAUAACUUCUAUGCCGCUGCGAAUGAGACGUAUGAUCUCUUAACGCGCCAGACGAUUCCAGUCGUGCUACUGGGACGAUUUGUUGACCCGGAUUCGAAUCUGGUGCAGACCAGCGUCGAGUUCGUGUGUAUGAAUGCGAACAACACAGUGGAGGGAAGCCGUGUACCAGAGGAACAGACGCCGUGGGAUAGUGCUGGGGCUGAUAUCAGUGCUAGGAUGGUGGGAUGGGCGGCCGGUGUGAUGACGGCGAUAAUGCUGGUGUUGUAA